GAUGUAAAGACCCAUUAGUUGUCAAAUUUGCAGACACACAAAACAAGAAAAAAGCGACAACAACUUUCUUCCAACAGAAUCGAUUGUUACAAACUGCUCGUGAUGAGGAAUUAUAUCAAGCUCUUCAAUUCUACGAGCCUCCUGCACUAGCAGCCAAUCUUAAUGGUGUUGCUGGCCAUCCAUUGCUGUCUGCUGGCAUGGUGCCGAGAUAUACCUCCGUGGCAACAACCCCAGCUUCUUCCUACCAAAUGUCAAGCACCCAGACCGGGUGGGUUCAUCCCCAAUAUAUAAUGCAGCCUCAGAUUCCACAUGUUAGUAUCCCUCAAGUUCACUUCACUUAG